UGGGCGUCGCACGUGAGAGGAUGGACGUGGGCGGCGCACGUGAGAGGACGCCCGUCGGGCCGCACCGCGAGCCUGGGCACGUGCGGCUGCGCACGUGGGCGGUGCACGCGCGACCGACGCAGAGCAGCCUGGGCCUCACGUUCCCCCCUCCCUCCCGGUUUCGCGGUCGCCUUGACAACCCGGCGGUGGGCAACGGUGGUGGGGACGAGUCGUUGAAGCUAGGAGCUGGGCCCGGGCCGUGCGGACCUUGCCCUACUCGGCUGGGCCCGCGCCAGGGAGAGUCCCAGCUCCAUCCGAACAGGGACUAUGAGAAAAUGGUCGGGCAAACGAGGAAUAAGCUCAAAGAAGCGGCUUCACAGCCGUUGCACUCUCCCCGCUCCACGCAGUCUAGGCGGCGGCGCCGGGCCACCGGAGCCGGGGAACCGGAGUUCGAGGAGGAGCCGAAGGAGGAGAUGAAAGAGCCUGAGCUGCUUUUGUCCGCAGGCCGGGGUAUCCUGCCAGGGGGCGCCCGGGGGUACUCGCCACGGAGGACCCGAAACCUGAACGCGCGGAAUGCGCAGAAUUGCAUGAAACUGGAGAUGGUUACAAAGACCGUUCUUCUCGGUCGCUUUCAGUUCCUCAGCGCUUUUGUGGAGCAGCUCCGCGACAAGGUGCACCUGUUACAGAGACGUCCGUUCACGGGCAGGAUCACCUUUGGCAUAGCUGCCUUUGUGUCAUUUUUGCACUGGAUACAUUUAAUAACGCUUUUUGAAAACGAUCGUCAUUUUUCUCACCUUUCAUCUUUGGAACGAGAGAUGACUUUUCGCACUGAAAUGGGACUUUAUUAUUCCUACUUCAAGACCAUUAUUGAAGCACCUUCAUUUUUGGAAGGACUGUGGAUGAUUAUGAAUGACAGGCUCACUGAAUAUCCCCUUGUAAUUAAUACAGUGAAACGAUUCCACCUUUAUCCAGAGGUAAUUAUAGCCUUCUGGUAUCGCUCAGUUGUGGGAAUAAUGAAUUCAUUUGGGCUAGAAACUAAGACCUGCUGGAAUGUGACCAGAGUAGAACCUCUAAAUGAAGUUCAAAGCUGUGAAGGAUUGGGAGACCCAGCUUGCUUUUAUGUUGGUGUAAUCUUUGUUUUAAAUGGAAUGAUGAUGGGAUUGUUCUUCGUGUAUGGUGCAUACCUGAGUGGGACUCAACUUGGAGGUCUAAUUACAGUAUUAUGCUACUUUUUCAACCAUGGAGAGGCCACUCGGGUGAUGUGGACACCGCCUCUCCGGGAAAGUUUUUCAUAUCCAUUUCUUGUGCUUCAGAUGUACAUCCUAACUUUGAUUCUCAGGACCUCGAACAAUAGUAAAAAACAUUUUGUUGCACUGUGCCUUUCCAAUGUUGCUUUUAUGCUUCCCUGGCAAUUUGCUCAGUUUAUACUUUUUACACAGAUAGCUUCAUUAUUUCCCAUGUAUGUUGUGGGGUACAUUGAGCCAACCAAAUUUCAGAAGAUCAUUUAUAUGAACAUGAUUUCAGUUCUCCUUUGUUUUGUGUUGAUGUUUGGAAAUCCAAUGUAUUUAUCUUCUUAUUAUUCUUCAUCUUUGUUAAUGACAUUGGUGAUAAUUCUAAAGAGAAAUAAAAUUCAAAGAUUUGGAGUAUCUGAACUCCACUUUUGGCUAAUUCAAGGUUGUGCAUGGUUUUGUGGGACAAUCAUUUUGAAAUUUCUGACAUCUAAAAUUUUAGGUGUUUCAGACCAUAUUCGCCUUAGUGACCUUAUAGCAGCCAGAAUCUUACGAUAUACAGAUUUUGACACUUUAAUUUACACGUGUGCUCCUGAAUUUGACUUCAUGGAAAAAGCGACGCCACUGAGAUACACAAAGACAUUAUUGCUUCCAGUCGUUAUGGUGAUUACUUAUUUUAUCUUUAAAAAGGCUUUUCGUGAUAUUUUAUGUGUCUUAUCUGCAAACACUUAUCUAAGAAAACAGCUCCUUGAACAUGGUGAGCUAAUUUUUCACACACUGCAGUUGUUUGCAUUUACUUCCCUUGCAAUUUUGAUUAUGAGACUGAAGCUGUUUUUGACACCUCACAUGUGUAUUAUGGCUUCCCUGAUAUGCUCUCGACGGCUCUUUGGCUGGCUUUUUUGCAGACUUCGUUUUGAGAAUGUUGUCUUUGGCAUUCUAACAGUGAUGUCAAUACAAGGGUGUGCAAACCUCCAUAAUCAAUGGAGCAUAAUAGGAGAAUUUAAUAAUUUGCCCCAGGAAGAACUGAUACAGUGGGUCAGAUACAAUACCAGACCAGAUGCUGUUUUUGCAGGUGCCAUGCCUACAAUGGCAAGUGUCAAGCUUUCCACUCUUCACCCCAUUGUGAACCACCCACAUUAUGAAGAUGCUGACUUGAGAGCUCGGACAAAAACAGUUUAUUCUGCAUAUAGUCGAAAAUCUGCAAAAGAAGUGAGAGAUAAGUUGCUGGAAUUACAUGUGAAUUACUACAUUUUAGAAGAGGCAUGGUGCGUUGUGAGAACUAAGCCUGGUUGCAGUAUGCUUGAAAUUUGGGAUGUAGAAGACCCUUCCAACUCAGCUAACCCUCCCUUAUGCAGUGUCUUGCUCAAGGAUGCGAGGCCAUACUUCACCACAGUAUUUCAGAAUAGUAUGUACAGGGUAUUAAAGGUUAACUGAGACUACCCUUUACACUGUGGUGCAAAGAGGUGUGUAAAAAACAGUCACUUUAGUUUAUUUACACUAAUAAAAAUAACAAGCUUUAAUAGGGGCCCUUAAAAAGAAUAAAAAUAAUUAAAAAUUUUUCUAAUUCCAAAAAGUUAAAUUAUUUCAUUGUUUUCCAUUGAAUAUCAGCCUUAUUAAGCUUGUCAUGUAAACAAGUAAAUCAUUCCAUACUCUAUAAACAAAUGAUCAACUUAAAGUUUUAAAGAAAAAAUAUGUAUAAAAGAACAAUGAAAUUUAAUAAAUCAAGGAUAUGUAACUCCUUUUGUAUCCAACUAGGUGAACUGCUUCGGAGUUUCUCUAGUACCAGAUAUACCAGCUUAAAUUCUAAACCACUUAGUAUAGACUAAUAUAAUUUCUGAAAGGACAAUUUUUAAAGAUACUGAUACUGAUCACAACCUCUUUACCUCUGUGAGGAAGUUUCUUUGUAACCAUGUGUUGUUUAAUGUUGUUUUUGCUUUUAUUAUCCCUCAGGAAAGAUCUUUAAUAGCUUUUAAUAACUUUUUUUCACUUGAAGUUAAGCAUUUCUAAAAACAGCUUACUUUGUAAUACUUCGAAUCUCUGGCAUAUCUACCCAACCAGAUACAUAUUUUGCACUGAUUAAUUCUGAACUUAAAUUCAGCAGAUUAUUACUCUGUUUCUAGAAUCUGCUGGUUUUACUUCUAAUGUCCAAGUAGAAUAAAAAUUGUUACAGUACACAAGAAAAACUUAGGGGUUAAAUGUAAUCAGAAAAGAAAAUCCUGUUAAAUUUAUCAAAUGAGAUCUUAAGAUUCUAGAUCUUGAGUGAAGCAAAGGCAUUUUCAUAUUGAAGCCAUGUAGCUCAUUGGACAUAGUCUUUUUUUCUGGUCACCAUAUUUUGUAAUAAUAGAUUUUUAAGUCCCCAUUUAUUUUUGGUUUUGGAUGAGGAAGGUGAUGUUUUAUAGGUCCUCUCCCCGAGUAUAAAACCUCCCAACAAUAAUGCUUUGAAAAGUGGUAAAUAGUUAUCUUAAGAUUGUUGCCAACGGGAAAGAUAAACACUCUCUGUCUCUACUUGAUAGAUGUUAAAUAUGCUCUGUCUCUAUUAUUUUAUUGUGCACCUACUUUAAUCAUCUUGGAAUUUUUGUAAUUCCCUAUGUUUUUGGCCCUUUAUGUUUGGGAUAACAAAGUGACUUAAUUCCAUAGAUUAGUUCACUUUUAUAGUAGGUAGAAGAUUUUAUAUAUCUAUAUUAUAUAAACAGGAAAACGAACAAGUUAUUUUUCAACUUUUAUAGUUAUAAAAAUAUUUUAAUACAAGAUACAAAACAGCUAAUAAGAAAGCAUGCCAAAUUUUAUUUUUAUUAGCAUUUUCAAAUAAUUUGUUUCAGUAUAAGUGUGGGACAAAGAGGGAAAGGAGAUAUAACACCUAAUAUUUAUAAAUACAUUUCAGAUGAUGUUUUCAUGGGAAAUAUUUUAAAGAAGUUAGUAGAAUAAUUUUUCAAAAAAGAACUGCAUUAGCUAAUAAAAUAUUCAAUACAAAUAUAUUUACAUGGAUUUAUAUACAGAAAAACAAUAAAAUUAUUUUCAACUUUUUAGUUGUAAUAUAUUUUAAUACAGGAUGAAAAGCUGCUAGGAAAGCAUGACAUAGUUUACUUAUUGAAACAUUUUCCAAUAAUUUGUUUUGGUAUAAGCAUGGGGCAAAAAAGGAAAAGAGGUAUAACACCUAAUAACAGUAAUGAAAUUAAAGUAACACAUUUUGGAUGGUAUUUUCAUAGGCAACAUUGUAAAGAAGUUGGUGGCAUUUAACAACAAAAGUGGGUGAGUUGUAAAAAAAAAAAAAAAAGGUUUCAUAUGAAUAUAAUGUAUUAAUAUGCAUUUGUUAUUUUCAUCUGCUAUGUCAAUUAAAGCCCUUGAAGACCCUC